CACGAAGUCCGGUCACGAAAUGCAAUCAAUCUCGAAUAAGAAGCCUUCUGUUCCCACCAUAUCGCAUCUUACAAAUUGGCAUCGGCACAUGUGUUAACCAGAAGUCUUCCGUUCUUUGCCUUUUCCGACCCGUGUCAUUCUUUUGAGUUUGAGUCCAACCAAACAUGUUAGGAAGAGAUACUCUUGGCGCAUCACUGGCCUUCCUUGGCCACGUGGUCGCCCAGAGCUCCAUCCUAAACAAUACCUACUCUACCGAUGCCGCAACUAAUGUCACAUCGAUAACAGGUAUUAAGGCUUGCGACGCUCUCUUGAACGCCGGACUGGGGAGUAUUUUGACUUUUCCAACAGAGUCUAAGUACGAGUCCAGCGUGUCGACGUAUUACGCCUACAGCAACCGGCUACUCCAGCCCUACUGCAUCGUCCAGCCGCGGUCGACACGGGAAGUCUCGACUGUGCUAAAGACUUUGAAGGUGACGAGUGCUGCGGGUAAUUGGGACAUCGCCGUUCGCUCUGGCGGCCACAGCGACUACGACAACAACGCCGUCGCCCGUGGUGUGACCAUCGACCUUGGCAAUUUCAAUGCGACCACACUCAAUAGCACCAAGUCAUACCAAUGGGCCGGUAAAAGCGUGCUAACAAAAUCCAUUGCCAGCAUUCGUCCUGGAGCAAGAUGGGGUAGCGUGUACAGCUACCUCGAGCAGUUCGGUCUAUCAGUCACAGGCGGCCGUUCUAGUCACGUCGGCGUGGGUGGUCUGCUCGUGUCGGGGGGCGCAUCCUACCACACGCAGUUAUGGGGGCUGUCGGCCGACAACAUCGUCAACUACGAGGUCGUCUUGGCCGACGGCAGCAUCAUGAACGCGAACUCCUACCAAAAUGCCGACUUGUUCAAGGCUCUCAAGGGCGGAGGCAGCAACCUGGGCAUCGUCACUCGGUUCGACAUGCGCACCUACACCGUCCCCAACAAGGUUUACGGGGGAUUGGUGGUUUUUUCCUUCGACUACUGGGAUGCAAUCGUGGACCAGUUCAUCAAAUACGUCAGCUCUAUCGGUCAGAGCGGCAGCCCCGACCACGAAUUCGUCGUCCUCGCAUGGCCUCAGGGAGGUUCGGCGCUUGCGACCAUGCUGAUGACAGUCAGCACCGACGGGGCCACAAACUCCUCCAACUUUGCCCCUCUUAACAACCUGCCAACGUCCUAUGACGUUCGAGCGUCACAGUCGCUCAGCUCCGUCGCCGAGACGAUUUCCGACACAGGAGGCGCCAACAACGUCGCCUACACUCUGACGCUGCAGGCCACGAGGGAGAUGAUGCAGAAAGCCACCACGCUAUCCCAGGACCUCAUCCAAGAGCUCACCGACCUGGGCGUCCCCGUGAGUGGGAACUUUGUCUUCCAGCCUCUACCUAAGAUGCUCGCCUCGAUCAACCCGGGUCGGAAUCUCUUCGGCUUCGACGAGAACCUCCCUAGCAACCAGAUCCUCUUCGAGGCUAGAAUCGGCCUGCCCGCCGGUUCCGAGUCGUACGAGGGUAUCGUGGCGGCCAAGUUGGCCCCCGUUAUCGAGAUACUAAGAGCAUACUCGGCCUCGCUGCCUAAUCAUUCGCCGUACCUUUACAUGAACUACGCAAACCCCGAGCAGGACGUCAUCGGAUCGUACGGGGCUGCGAACGCUAUGAUCCUCAAGGAGACGGCUGCUAAGUACGACCCGACGGGCUUCUUCCAGUACCGCAUCCCUGGCGGGUGGAAGGUCAGUCGUGUUACAAUCUAGAUGUUGGACCUUCAAGGCCAAUACAGCCCGCGUUGCCGGCUUGAAGAUCCAUCCAACCACA